AUGGUGAGACCUAAGGAUAAAUUUUGGGAACAUGUAGAGCAACGUGGUUUGGGUUGUUGCACAUGUAACUAUUGUGGACUCAAUUAUUCUGGGAGUGUUUCACGAGUGAAGGCUCAUUUAGCUUGUCAAUCUAGACAUGAUGUUCAAAUUUGCACCCAAGUUCCUGAGCACAUUCAAGCUGAUGCCCUGGAAGAAUUUAAUUUGAGUAGAUCUGCUAAGAAAAUGAGUGAUUCUCUUGAAAGUGGAAUGGGCUCCACAAGAAGCACACCUUUUAUGCCUCAGAAUAACAUUUCCUUCAAUGUUAUUCAGACAAAUUCUUUUAUUGAGAUGCUAAGGGGUGCAUGUGCAUAUGGUACAAGAACAAAUUGUGCUGCUCAUGGGAUUAAUCUGCUUUUGAAAGAUAUUUACAAAAAAGUUAAAUGGGUGAGGGAAGUUAUAGAAGAUGGAAAACUUGUAGUGGAUUAUAUUCACAGACACACAGGUAUUGUAGCAUUGAUGAGGAAAUUCACCAACAAUAGGGAUAUCAAGCAACCUUACAAGACAAGGUUUGGUACUUAUUUUUUUAUGCUGCAGUCUCUUAUUGUUAUUGAGAAUGAGUUGAGGCUUUUUGUUGCAUCAUCUGAGUGGAGAGCCUUUCAAUUCAAUAGAGUUGAAAUGGCAGUGAGAACUGUUGGGAUAAUUCAAUCAGAUACAUUUUGGGAGGGGGCCAAAGGAAGUUACUUAUAUGAAGCAAUAGAAAGGGCAAAAGAAACAUUGAGGAAAUUUGUGGAGAAGGAUGGAGGGAAGUAUUUAGCCAUAAUGGACUUGUUUCAAUUUAGGUUAGAGAAGAACAUUAUUCAUCAUGUUCAUGUCUUUGGUGCACUUUUGAAUCCUUCUAUUAUGUUUGGUGGUCAACUUGAUAUUGAUGGAACUAAAUUUAUGAAUGCACAAGAAUUUAUUAUGGACAUCAUGGUUCCUUUAGAAGAUCGUGAGAAAUUCAUGCAAGAAGUCAUUGAUUAUCGCAUGAAAAGUCCAUUGUUGUUCAAUAUGACAGGGCAAGCAAUGAUGAAAACUAACCAUCCAAGGAUUUGGUGGCAAUUUGUUGGUAGUGCAUUUCCUGUGCUUCAAAAUAUUGCUUGUAGAAUCUUGAGUCAGCCUUGUAGUUCCUCUCCUUGUGAGUAUAAUUGGAGUGCUUGGGAUGCAGCACAAACAAAGAAAAAAAAUAGAUUAGCCCCAGAGAUGCUAGAAGAUUUGGUGUACAUCAGGAUGAACUCUAUAAUGAGGGAGAACUAUGAAAGCCAACUACAUAAAGAUUCAAGGCCUAUUGAUUUAGACAAUCUUGGUGACUUACCUAGAGUAGACUUUGAGCUUGAAAUGGAGAGGUUUGAGCAGACGUACGAGGAACCUGAACCAUUUGACACUGGAGCUGAUGGAGGAUCUACUUCAUAUAGUUUAAUGCCUCAUCAUUGAUCUUUUUUUUUUUUUAUCAUUAAUCUUUGGACCUGUUAUAAUGAUACUGAGUUAUUUAGACAUCUUGGAUGAUAUGGAAGGAUGAAUUUUUAUUUUUAUUUUUUUUAUUCUGGACAUGUCUUUUUUAA